AUGGCGUCUAAGAUCAUCGUCAUCGGAAAUGUGAAUUGCGCACUCCAAGAAGUCUUCACAAAACUGGCAAAACUUCAUGUCAAGCAGAAUUUCUCUUUCGCCAUCAUCGCUGGAGAUCUUUUUGGCAAUUGCUCCAGCGAGGAAGACUUGAAUCAAAUUUCCGCUCUCCUCCAGGGAAACAUUAGUGUUCCUUUGCCAACUUACUUCACUGUGGGCAGCCACCCGAUCCCAACCAGGAUCGUGGAGAGGAUCGAAUCAAACGAUGAAGUGUGCUCAAAUCUUUACUUUAUUGGCAGGAGAGGAACCCUCAAGACCUCCGAGGGUAUCAGACUUGCUGCCCUGGGAGGCGAACUAGCCACAGACGGGACAUCGGAUGGUAGGCUCAACAAUAGAUACCAUUCGCGAUACACGGAGUCUGACGCACGCGCUCUCAAUGGCGUGCAAAGCGCUGAUAUCCUAAUCACCAAUCAAUGGCCAAAGGGCAUAACAGAAGGCUCAAAAGUUCUGCCGGAGGGUGUCGUCGCACCAGAAGGCGUCCAAUGUAUAGCUGACAUCUGCUCUACCUUAAAGCCACGAUAUCAUUUCUCUUCGUAUGGAGAUUUCUUCUACGAACGAGAGCCAUUCUUCCACAUGCCAACAGAGGAUGCUCCAGAUGUGAAGCCCUUGACUCGCUUUAUCAACUUGGCGUCUUACAACAAGACGACGAAACAGAAAUGGAUGUACGCUUUCACGUUUGACCCGAGAGCUCCCGCACCUACUUCUGUACCAGUAGGUGCAACUGCGUCUCCUCUGGCCAGUAUUUCCAUGAAGAGACGGGCCUUGGAAACUCAGAACGAGGCUUAUCAGCGAUUUUCCCGAGAUGUCGAAUAUCAGAGGCCCCGUAAACGUGCUCGGCGGCCUCCUCCAGGUCCGGACCAGUGCUUUUUCUGUCUGUCGAACCCCGAUGUUGAAACACACCUCAUUACUUCUAUCGGAAAUGAGUCGUACCUGACCACCGCGAAGGGCCCGCUCCCCACAGCAGAGACGUAUCCGUCUCUGGGGUUUCCCGGCCAUAUAUUGAUCAUCCCUCUUAUUCACUCUCCCACGUUUAGUGCGAUUUCCGAGCCAGAUGCACGAUCGGCCACUUACCGUGAAAUGCAGCGGUACCGGUCUGCUCUGCAUUCCAUGUUGCAGAAACGCACCAAAGGUGAAUUAGGGGCCGUCACCUGGGAGGUUAGCCGCGGCAAUGGGAUCCACGUACACUGGCAGUUUCUUCCCGUUCCUUCUGAUCUGGUGGACCGUGGGUUAGUCGAGGCAGCUUUCAAGGUGGAAGCAGAAAAUCUCCAGUACCCCAAGUUCGAGCGUUCAACGAGAGAGGACGGAGAGAACGAGGUCGGAGAUUAUUUUCGGGUCUGGAUAUGGCACUCCCCCAAAGGCGAGUCAACGUCGGACGACACUUCGAUCAUUGGCUCCGAGAAGACUUUGAUCCUGCCGCUGACACCGGAUGUCCGAUUCGACGUGCAGUUCGGACGUAGAGUCAUGGCCAAACUUUUGCAGCUUGAAAACCGAAUAAACUGGAGGGAUGAUGUGCAGUCGAAGGAAGAAGAGCAAGCUGACGCGGAAGCUUUCAAGGCAGUAUUCAAGGAAUUUGAUUUUUCCCUAGAGGAAGACUGA